AUUAAACCAGCUGGAAAAUUGGUGAAAAGAAUCAGUCCGUAGCAAAAUGGAUACAUUUUUAGGUGUCAUUUACAAUGACUAUCCCAUGGAGAGCGAGGACGAUUUCAAUAGGCGCAGGAGGGAUCUGGAGAAUAUAUUUUCCAACCGCAGCCCAAGGAAAAAUCAGGAACGAAAAUUAGAAUCCAAGCGUCCCAUAUUAAACGCAUCGAACUACAAUCAGAUAUUCGGAGCAUCUUCGGGAACAGAUGGCAUGGACUUCGAGGACUUUCCCGACCUCAACCAACCGCUGCCAAACAUUUCCAUUUGCGAGCAACAGCGCCUGACUUCCGUGAACCGCGGGAUAAUCGCGGCCAUUCAGCGAACUCACCAAAAGCGACUCGAAGACCUUUGGCACUCGGAACUAAUUGAAAAACUAGCGCAAGAGUAAAAGCAAUUCCAGUUAGAGAAAGGAGUCACUUUUGGGUUUUUCUUAAGAGAUUUCUCACAAAAAAAGAAUAAAGUAUUAAUCAAAAUAUAAUGGUAAAGAAAGCCCUUA